AAAUAGAAUCUUUGACGUAUUGUGCAACUGAUUUUUUUCAUCGUGCAAAAAAGUGUUUUUUGAUAAAAUUUCACAUACCAGCACAGCUGCAUUUAAGGGAAACCAGCAACAAGUUAAGUGUGUCACCAGGAGUAACCCGAAUAACAAUAUAGCAUUAUGAUUUUCCAACAAUUCACCAGAUUCUUGCACACCAGCCGCAUUGUGUUUGCCGGCGCAGAGAAAAGUGCAUUGGCAGCGUUGAGAAAAAAGACCGGUUACACAUUUGCCAACUGCAAGAAGGCCCUGGAAAUGCACAAUAAUGAUUUAAAAUUGGCUGAGAAAUGGUUGAAUGAACAGGCCCAAAGUCUUGGCUGGUCUAAGGCUACUAAAUUGGCUGAGAGAGCUACUGCUCAAGGUUUAGUGGGUGUUUUGAUUAAAGGCAACAUUGGCGCCAUGGUGGAGGUUAAUUGUGAAACAGAUUUUGUAGCCCGUAAUGAAAAUUUUAAAGGUUUUGUUGACCAUGUCUCCAGAGUAUGUGCUCAAUAUACAGAACUUACACAAUUUGAUGGAGACUUGUGGAAGUCUGGUUUCGAGGCAGAAGCUUUAAAAAACCUCAAAACUGCUGAUGGUAAAACCUUGGCCGAUCAUUUGGCUUUAUUGAUUGGCACCGUGGGUGAGAAUGCCUCCAUUAAGCGCGCCAUUUGCUUCAAAGUCAACAAUGAUAUGAAACUUUCGGGCUAUGCCCAUCCCCAGGCAAGCAACCAAGAGUCAACACAAAAUAUUACACAAGUUGGUAAAUAUGGUGCCAUUGUAGCAUUCCGAGGCGAUAAUGCUGAUGAGGAGUUACACAAGAACCUGUGUCAACACAUUGUCGGUUUAAAUCCCAAAAAAGUGGGUGAAGCUGGUAAGGACAAACCCAAUGCCAAUAAGGACGAUGAAACCUGCCUUAUUCACCAGGAAUAUUUACUUGAUGAUGACAAGACCGUGGGCGAGGUAUUGCAGGAGAAUAAUUUGUCGAUUAUCGACUAUCAACGUUUCGAAUGUGGCGAGGCAGCUGCCAAUGAGGAUUUGGAAAAGGCUAAACUCAGUAAUUGACAAAUGCGCGAGGGUAUAUUUGACAAAGAUUGGUGAUAGUGUAGUGACAACAUGUUUAUUUAGUUUUUAAUAAAUGUUGGUUAUAUUUUCCGAGAAAAA